CGCGACGUUCGCGUGCGCACACUCGCAGCUCGCUGCACGUUUACGGGUACCGUCGACGAACGUCGGAAAAGCCGCGGGGGACCCACGCACGGACGCCGUUCAACGAAGCCGUACUCACCGUAGACACGCAGGACGCACGUACGCAACGCACGCGGACACGAAACAUGGCGAACUAUCACAAGCCGGAGUCGAAGACCAUCCAGGAGCUGCGGGACAUCGCGAACAAGCUGAGGAUCCACGCAGUCGAGGCGACACAGGCCAGUAAGUCCGGACAUCCGACAUCAUGUUCGUCCAUGGCCGAAAUUAUGUCCGUCCUCUUCUUCCAUACAAUGCGUUACAAAGUAUCAGCACCACGUGAUCCAAACAGUGAUAGAUUCGUCCUCAGUAAAGGCCAUGCGGCUCCAAUUCUUUAUGCAGCAUGGGCGGAAGCAGGCCUGUUCCCGUCUAGCGAGUUGCUGAAUUUGAGAAAAUUCGAUAGCGAUCUGGAAGGACAUCCUACCCCGAGGCUGAAUUUUGUAGACGUAGGAACCGGUUCACUAGGACAAGGCCUUUCAGUUGCCGCAGGCAUGGCUUAUGUCGGAAAGAAUUACGACAAAGCCAGUUACCGUGUUUAUUGUUUGAUUGGUGACGGAGAAGCGGCGGAAGGUUCCAUCUGGGAAGCCCUACAUUUUUCAUCUUAUUAUAAGUUAGACAAUCUUUGUGCCAUCUUUGACAUCAAUCGUCUUGGACAAAGCGAACCGACUUCACUGCAACAUAAUAUGGAAGUGUACCGCAAAAGAUUAGAGGCCUUCGGUUUCAAUGCCUUAGUUGUGGAUGGCCAUGACGUGGAAGAAUUGGCGAAGGCCUUCCAUGAAGCGCAAAAUACAAAAGGACGUCCCACUGCCAUUUUAGCUAAGACUUUUAAGGGCAAGAACUUCCCUGAGAUCGAAGAUUUAGAAAACUGGCACGGCAAGCCUCUGGGCAAUAAGGCGACUGACGUUAUUCAGCAUUUAAGUGGACUUCUGAAGAACCCUGGUCCUCUUGGAUUACAUCCACAAAAGCCACUUGUGGAUGAUGCUCCUAUUGUAGACAUCAGCAACGUUAUAUUGGCGUCACCUCCAAGUUACAAACUGGGCGAACAAGUAGCUACGAGGUUAGCUUACGGCACGGCUCUUGCGAAGCUGGCAAAGAAUAAUCCUCGUGUCAUAGCUCUGGACGGUGAUACAAAGAAUUCCACGUAUGCCGAGAAGAUCAAAACCAUUGAUCCAGCUAGAUUUAUCGAAGGAUUCAUUGCCGAACAGAAUGUCGUGGGUGUCGCCAUCGGUGCCGCUUGCAGAGAUCGUACCGUCGCGUUUGUGUCCGCUUUCGCGACAUUCUUCACGCGUGCCUUCGAUCAGAUCCGCAUGGGUGCGAUAUCUCAGACGAAUGUGAACUUCGUCGGUUCGCAUUGCGGCGUGUCUAUCGGCGAAGACGGGCCCUCGCAGAUGGGCCUAGAGGACAUCGCAUUGUUCCGUGCGAUCCCGGGUUCUACCGUCUUCUACCCGAGCGACGCCGUGUCAACGGAGCGGGCCGUCGAACUGGCGGCUAACACCAAGGGCAUCUGCUUCAUUCGCACUUCUCGUCCGGCCACGGCCGUCUUGUACAAGAACGACGAGCCGCUGGCCAUCGGUAAAGCCAAAGUGGUCAGAUCUUCCGCGAAGGAUCAGGUGCUCGUGAUUGGCGCCGGUGUAACGUUGCACGAGGCGAUCAAGGCGGCGGACGAGUUAGCCAAGGCUGGAAUCAACGUCCGUGUUAUCGAUCCGUUCACGAUCAAACCUAUCGACGCACAGACUGUCAUAAAGAAUGCCAAAGAGGUCGGCGGCAGGAUCGUCACCGUUGAAGACCACUAUGCGGAGGGCGGCCUGGGAGAAGCGGUCCAGUCCGCGGUCGCUUUGGAAAGGAACGUGAUAGUCAAGAAGCUGGCGGUGCCGAAUGUACCGCGUUCUGGCCCGCCGGCGGUAUUGCUCGACAGUUACGGCAUCAGUGCCCGUAACAUCGUCGCGGCGGUGCAGGAAAUUGUGAAAUAUUAGUCUCGCAGCUGGCGAGAUCGCUGGUUAGACCGGCGGUGAGUUAAGUCUAUAUGUCUACAAACAAUUCUAUUUUUUUCAAAGCAUAAAUUUCGAUGGAGUACACAUGAAACAUUCCCAUCUCCCUUUAAGACGUCUUUACAACGAUAGAAACUGAUAUUUCGGUAGAGUUGAAUUUCCGAUGCUGCAAGAUGCGCGAGAUGUGAUCCGCAGCAUCGAAAUUUCAAGCUCUGCUCUGAAACGCCUAUUGUACAUUGAGUGUACAUACAAUCAAAAGCAUUUAUUUCUAAGCAAACGAAUAUAUAGUCUGUUGACGGAGAAAAAAAGAUAUCUUUAUACAUAUAUAUAUUUGCGAUUUAUAUAAGAGAGCAAAUUUAUAAGCACAAGUUUGUACAACAUUUUUCUAACACAACGAAGUUUAUUCCUUAAGAAAAUUCCGUAUUUGAUGUUUCUCGUAUAUUAAAAAUCUUUUUACUUUUAUUAUACAAAGCGCACAAGAAUGAAAUAUUAAAAUGUCUUUUGGGAUUACUUUUAUAGGAUAUCAAAUGGAAAUAGAAUUAUCUUUUGAAAGCAAUGAUUCUAUUUUACUUUCCGCUCUGUGCUCCACUUUUGCGCUCUAAAGAAGUUGUUUUUUGUCAAGGAAAA